UCCUAGACACGGUUACUUUCGAGUAAGCCCGUUCAUUUGAAUAGGCUUUGCAAAAGGGGCAUUCCAGACCGACUAAGCUCAGCGCAUAACAGAUUUCUUUUCUAAAAAACGCAAUAGCUGCUGCAUGUGCAGAGCGUAUCAGUGUGUCGAACUCUGCACAUGCUCAGGAACAACUUGGAGUGGGGCCAGCGGGAUGCAGAGUGGUCUGAUGGGAUCCGAGGACAAUCAUGACCGUCAGAGCGUGUGGCUUGAUUAUCUUCAGAAAGCUGCGUGAGGCAUCUGCCGCCACAGUCGGGAGCAAUAUCCAGUACCUCCUCUUGCAGACAUCGUAUGGGACUCAUCACUGGACUCCUCCAAAAGGUCAUGUGGAUCCAGGAGAAGAGGACCUACAGACGGCCCUCCGGGAGACCCAGGAAGAAGCCGGGCUGGACGCCAGCCAGUUCACCGUCCUUGAAGGCUUCAAGAAGGAGCUGAACUACACUGUGAGAAACAAGCCCAAAACGGUGGUCUACUGGCUGGCCGAAAUGAAAGACAGCAGCGCGGAGGUCAAGCUGUCGUCGGAGCACCGGGCCUUUCGUUGGCUGGCCCUCGAGGAGGCCUGCGAGCUCUCUGGGUUUGAGGACAUGCAGGCCACGAUCCGGGAGGCCCAUCAGUUUCUCUGCUCCCGAGUGUGACCGCUCUGCAGGGGUCGGAGGAGCAUUUUAGAGGAAACGUUGGCUGCAGAUUCCAUCAUCAUCAUAAUAAUAAACAACAGACUGUCAAAAAAAAA